CUAAAAUAAUGAGAGAGAAGGCCAAAGAGAGAUGUUCUGAACAAGUUCAAGAUUUUACCAAAUGCUGCAAGGAAUCUGGAAUCCUUAUGGUAGUAAAAUGUCAGAAGGAAAAUUCUGCAUUGAAAGAAUGUCUAACUGCCUACUAUAAUGAUCCAGCCUUUUAUGAAGAAUGCAAAAUGGAAUACCUGAAGGAAAGGGAAGAAUUCAGAAAAACUGGAAUUCCUACUAAGAAGAGACUACAGAAGCUUCCCACCAGCACGUAGAAAAUAUUCCAGUGACAUUCAGAAACUGUAAUAUCUGUGGAAGUCAUUUACAAUAUAAGUCACCUAGCAUAAUGGACUCUACAUAAAAAUAUUUCAUCCUAAUUAUGAAAAAUGUUACCUGAAAUACAGAUCUUUAUUUCAAA